UAUCAAAUCAAGAACUUUGAGACAUAGAGGAGGCAGAUCCCAAAACCCAAAAUAUAAUAAAAAUAUUACAGAGAGCAUAAUAGCCCCUUCAAGUACACGACACAAAUGUUAGAUCAGACCAGAAGUUAAAACCCUGAGUAAAAAAAUUAACUUUGGGUAUUUUAAUGGUGCUAUAUUGGGAUCUCAACUCUUUAUUUUCAGUUUUUUUUUUUUUUGAAACAAGAAUUUUUUUUUUUUGCCAAAAACAGUGAAUACCCAUGAAAGUUUAGUCCUCUUUUUUCCUUCUUUCAGACUUUGAUGAAAAAAACAGAGGAAGAAAAAAAGACCAGUUUUUUUUUUAAGUACUUUGAAUGAAUGGAACCUAGAGAAGGAGGAGGAAGAAUAAACAUAAACCCACAUUCAAAAUCAAAAUCAAAACAGACCCAGAUUGUGGAAAUGGAAGAAACCCAUAGUCAUAAAGCAGCAUCAGAAGUUAAAGAUUUCAAUAUAGUAGUAGCAGGAGAUCAGAAAGAUGAUCAACAAGCAAGUUUAAAGAAGCAAUUAGCACCAAAAAGAAGUUCAAAUAAAGAUAGACAUACUAAAGUUGAUGGUAGAGGUAGAAGAAUAAGGAUGCCAGCUUUGUGUGCAGCUAGAAUCUUUCAAUUGACAAGAGAAUUAGGUCAUAAAUCUGAUGGUGAAACCAUUCAAUGGUUGUUACAACAAUCUGAACCAUCUAUUAUUUCUGCAACUGGGACUGGGACUAUUCCUGCAUCUGUUCUUGCUGCUGCUACUGCUUCUGUAUCUCAACAUGGGAUUUCUGUUUCUGUUGGUUUAGGAGGAGGAGGAGCAGAUAUUCAUGGUUCUGCUAGUAGAAAUCACCAUUGGAAUUUAAUGGCUUCUUCAAAUAGAUCUAACACUAAUACUAAUACUGCAUCUGGUUUAUGGCCUCAUCAUCAUCAUCAUAGUGUUAGUGAAUUUGGGUCUGGUUAUGUGCCUACUUCUGGACCAUCUACAUCCAAUUUAGGUACUGAAACCUCAAAUUUUGCACCUAGAAUUGGGUUUCAUGGGUUUGAAAUGCCUGGUACUAAUCUGGGGCCGAUGAGUUUUAGUUCAAUGUGGGGUGGUACUAAUCAACAAAUUCCUGGUUUAGAACUUGGUCUUUCUCAAGAUGGUCAUAUUGGGGUUUUGAAUCCUCAAGCAUUGAACCAAUUCUUCCAGCAACAACAUCAACUUCAACAACAACAACAGCAACAUCAACAACAACAGCAGCAUCAACAGCAUGAGCAUGAACAGCAACAACAGCAGCAGCAGCAAUCUUCAAAGGAUGAUUCUCAAGAUUCAGACAAUUAGAGUUUGUAGGAAAAAUGGGUUCUCUCAAGUAGGAAUUUUGUUGAGUUUUCCAAACUCAUUGAAAUGAAGGUGAAUCUAUUGAAAGCUGAAUUAGCUUUGGGAUUGGACUUCCCUUCUUGUGUUAUUUCAGGUGUGUGUUGUUAAAAAAAUAGUGUAACCAUCAUGUUGUUGUUUUUGUUAGAGCUGAAUGAAUUGUUUCAUGAAAGCUUAUGUAUGCUUGCUUGUUGGCUGUUGGUUCAGGUUUGCUAGCAUUUUCGAAAGCAUAUUGUAGUUUUAUUGUCUGAUCACAAUUGUCUCGAAAAUUUGCUGCUUCAUGAGCA